GCCUAUUUCAGGAACUUAAUUAGAUAGGUAGUGGUGGUUCAACAACAUUUAUAUCUAAAACUACAAUAAUUUUUUUUAUUGUAAGGAAAUAAAGUGUAGGGGUUUCUAACCAUAACAGGGCACCAAAAACUUGCUGCAGCUAAUCUACAUUUUAUUUGGAAUUUUUUACUUGAUUUCAAAAAUUGUGAGAGUACAGUUUUUUUUAUUACAAAUUGUGUCAACUGGUUAAUUUUACUGUGUAGAAUUUGUAGCUGAUUCUUACUCCUCUUCCUCAUCUUUUUCUUCUUCUUAAUAUUAUUUUUUAUCAUAAUAAUUACUGGAAGGAGGCCCCAGUGUAGACCCAGAACCCGCUGGAGGGAUCCGCAUGGAAACACUUGGGGAUCGGACUGGAGGAGCUGGGAGAAGCUGCAGGGGCCAGAGACACCUGGGCUUCUUUGCUUGCCCCAUUACCACAGUGCAGUGACCCUAAAAUGUGAUGAUAAAAAGUUUGGACCAUCCUGGGCUAAACAGAGUUUAGAAAUAUCAGAGCAGUUCCACAGUGGGAGCACCUCAGUCCUGCUGCUGCUGCUUUCACCUGGAGCUUCACUGUCACCUGUAAGUGUGAGACACCUGUAUCCACAUUUAAAGGAUUUCUGCCUGAUUUUUGAACAAUGACUCAAGAAGACAAAGCAGAGAAGGCCAAUCUGAAGAAAGCCAAAAAAGCCAAGAGUGAUGUGCAUUCUGGUGAAGACACUAAACUUGGCAAAUAUAAGAAGAUGAAAGUUAAAACCAAAAAGAAGUCUCAGGUCGAAGAGGAGAUGAAGCAGCAGAAGAGCCCUAAACAGGAGAACACAGACUUUGAAUCAGUUGAUGACACAAGGCUCAUGUUAAAAGUAAAGGAGGAACCAGAUGAUGGAGACUUCAUGACUGAAAAGAAAGGGAAGAAAAGGAAAAGAAGGCAAGAGUCCGUUGAUGGCGGUUCUUCCUCUGCGGCACAUUCUAUGCCUAAGAAAAAGAAAAAGGCAGUACAGGAUGGCGAAGGAGACUCUGGUGUUAAGAAGAAAAAGACAAAAGGAAAGAAAGUAAAGAAAGAAGAAAAGGAGGAGCAGCCUAUCUCAAGCAAGAAGAAGAAAAAGACCAAGGAGGAGAUUGAAGCUGCAAGGGCUCUGAAGAUCAAGAAGAGGGAGGAAGAGGAACAGCAGCGAUGGCGCUGGUGGGAGGAGGAGAGGUAUGAAGAUGGUGUCAAGUGGAAGUUUCUAGAACACAAAGGGCCAUAUUUUCCUCCUGACUUUCAGCCCCUCCCAGAUGAUGUCAAGUUCUACUAUGACGGCAAGCAUGUGAAGCUGAGUUUGGCAGCUGAGGAGGUAGCUUUGUUCUUCGCUCAAAUGCUUGACCAUGAAUACACCACUACAGAAGUCUUCCGCAACAACUUCUUUAAAGACUGGAGAAAGGAGAUGACUCUAGAAGAACGCAUGCUGAUCACUGACCUGAAUAAGUGUGACUUUGGUGAGCUGCAUGUCAUGCACCGACAGAAAGUGGAGGCCAGGAAAAACAUGAGCAAGGAGGAGAAGCUGGUAAUUAAAGAGGCCAAUCAGAAGAUUUUAGAAGAGUACGGUUUCUGUAUGUUGGAUCACCAUCGUGAACGCAUUGGCAACUUUAAGAUUGAGCCUCCAGCACUGUUCCGAGGCAGAGGUGACCAUCCUAAACAGGGCAUGCUAAAGAGGAGAAUCCAGCCAGAGGACAUCACCAUCAACUGCAGCAAAGAUUCCCAUAUCCCAGAGCCUCCUGCUGGUCACAAAUGGAAAGAGGUUCGACAUGACAACACGGUAACAUGGUUGGCCAGCUGGACAGAGUGCGUGCAGGGCAGCUGCAAAUAUGUGAUGCUCAACGCAAACUCCAAACUCAAGGGUGAAAAGGACUGGGAGAAAUACGAAGUGGCUCGCAAACUCAAGACGUGCGUGGAUGCUAUCCGAGCCCAGUACCAGGGGGACCUCAAAUCAAAACAGAUGGGUGUUCGGCAGAGAGCUGUGGCCCUCUAUUUCAUCGACAAGCUGGCUCUGAGAGCAGGUAAUGAAAAGGAAGAGGGUGAAACAGCUGAUACAGUGGGUUGCUGCUCUCUGCGUGUGGAGCACAUUACCUUACAUGACACACUCGAUGGAGAGAACUGUGUGGUGGAGUUCGACUUCCUGGGUAAAGACAGCAUCCGCUACUACAACAAGGUUCCUGUCUCCAAAAGGGUUUUUAAAAACGUGAAGCUUUUUAUGGAUAACAAACAGGAAGGAGAUGACCUGUUUGAUCGGCUGAAUACAGCAAUGUUGAAUAAGUAUCUGAGUUCUCUGAUGCCUGGUCUGACUGCGAAGGUUUUCAGGACGUUCAACGCCUCCAUGACUCUACAGCAACAACUCAAAGAGCUCACUAACUCUUUAGAAAACACUGCUGAGAAGCUGCUCUCCUAUAACAGGGCGAACCGGGCGGUUGCAGUUCUCUGUAACCAUCAGCGGGCGCCACCAAAGACCUUUGAACAGUCCAUGGCCAACCUGCAAACAAAGAUUGAGAGCAGGAAAGAACAGCUAGCUCUUGCUAAAAAGGAGCUAAAACAAGCAAAGAAGGAGGCAAAAGAAAGCUCAGACACCAAGCUGCAGACUGUGGUGGAGAAGAAGAAGAGGGCAGUGCAGAGGUGUGAGGAACAGCUGCUGAGGAUGGAAGUUCAGGCUACAGACAAAGAGGAGAACAAGCAGAUCGCCCUGGGCACCUCCAAGCUAAACUACCUGGACCCACGCAUCAGCGUGGCCUGGUGUAAGAACAUGGAGGUGCCGCUGGAUAAAAUCUACAACAAGACGCAGAGGGACAAGUUUGCUUGGGCCAUCGACAUGACUGAGCUUGACUUUCAGUUUUAACUAGUCUGUAAUUCAACUUCUCAGGUUUUAUCAUGAUGCUGUUAGCAGCAGACAUACUUUUAAAAUGCAGUUUGCACUUUAUUGUUCUUUGAUCAAAUGUCAAUUUUUUAGUACAAGACGUUAAUAAAUCGUUUUAUC